AUUGUUCUGCUAUCUUGUGUCAAUGCCGAGUCCACUGAGAUGAAAUGGUCCGACUUACUCGUUCAAGCUGUUCCAGGAUGCACGAAUCUGUGAGGUGAAGCGCAUUCGCACUUCAAAUGGGUCGGCCAUAUUGAGAACGCUGUGAGUUGGUUGUGCAAAAUGGAAAACCUCAAAGCGAUAUACUAUCGGAAGGCCGGAAGACUUGAGAAACCAACCACGGCUUGAGAGUAUCACAGCCAAAGCCAGCAAGAAAGAACACCAAAAGGCUUUGGUAUAAGGUCGCUACAGUAUGUAAAUUGUUUAGCUGAAUUAGGUGGUAGGUGAGAAGCCCAGAUAAUUUGUUGAUGAGGUUGAUAGUGGGUCUGCAAGGGAAAGGAGCUGUGCCACGUUGUGGCCGUGCUGAGGAGCGAAUUUGAGAUCUUGAAACCGGCGGGAAUAACCAGGUCUCACCGUCCCGCAAUAUUUCUUCUUCUUUUCCAGCUUCAUCCCUCCUUCACACGAAAGGAAUCGAUCCGGCCCGGACAAGCCGAAGGUGUAUCGCAUGAGUCUAACCAUAAGAGGAUCCCGGUGAAGACCUGUCGCGUGUGAAGGUCUUCUGGUGAAGCCCUGAAGCAUGCUCAGGGGCGUCAGAUUCACGAAUUACCUCACUUCACAGGGGUUCACUUACACGGUCCAGGCUAGGCUUUGGGCUUGUCUGGAAGAAGUCGGAACCCAACGGGAGGGCACUGACGGUCUUCAUCUCCUGACAUGGUGAGACUUUGCCUGUCGGCAAUUUGCUUCGUCUCUUUUCUCGGUGAAUAGCACCCGUUUGGAGAGUUUGUACAUAGAAACAUCAACGGGCGUGAGUCUCAAACUUACCCCUUAUUUUCGACGUAUUCCGUUUUUGCUUCGUCUUGACUGUGUGGCCAGGAUGCGCAUUGGGCAGCAAAAGCACUUUACUUUACGUUACCUGGUAAAGUUCAAUCUUUUGCGCGCAUUUGCUUCUCAGUAAACAGGUAGCAUUUGUUUAUAAGUAGAAUUUUUCCGCAUAAAUAUGCUCUCUUCCUCCAUUUCCCCAGCUUUUUAGUUAUCUUUCUUAUUUUCAAUUCCCGUUUUCCCCCCAUUGCUUCCUCCACUAAACCACUUGGGCCCCGUCCUUGACUCAGGUAGCAUCUCCUCUAUAUCAAAGUUUUCCCCUCCAUAUAAAACUUUUGGAUAACAAGUGGUUUUUUUUUUCUUUCGUUUACUGCAAACAUCAUGUCUCCCAACACAAUGGCUCUCACGCCUUAUGGCUCAAACGGCAGUACAGACCUCACAAUGGCUGUUCUUGGUUGUGGAACCAUGGGAGUUGCUAUCCUCAGUGGUAUCUUAAACUCACUCGCUGAGAUGCAAGGACCUAAGCCCCUCCAGUCCCUCCCCAGAUCAGGAACCUCAACUCCUGGCGACGAGGUGCCUGAACGACUACCUUCACGCUUCGUUGCCAGCGUUGCUACUGCUGCGGGCGCUAAGCGUGUCAAGGGCGCUCUCUGGGAGCAUUCUUCCAUUCUCAAGGUUGUCCACAACGACAACAUUGGUGCCGUUCAGCAGGCUGAGGUUGUUCUGCUCACUUGCAAGCCAUGGAUGGUUAAAGAGAUCCUUAGCGAGCCUGGUAUUUCAAAAGCUCUGCACGGCAAACUUCUUGUCAGCGUUUGUGCUGGUAUCACAGUAGAGGACAUCGAAAUCGCUCUCCACGGCGCUGUACCCUCCAAGGACCCAGAGGAGGAUGGUCGAUGCCGCAUUGUCCGGGCCAUGUGCAACACAGCUGCCGUGAUCCGUGAAUCGAUGACUGUUAUCGCUUCUCCUAGUUCUCCCCUCGACCAUGCCACUGAGAGCCUUGUUACCUGGAUCUUCAGGCGCAUUGGUGACGUUGUCUACCUUCCCACGCGACAUAUGGAUGCCUCGACAGCUCUGUGUGCUUCAGGUCCCGCUUUCUUCGCCCUGGUGCUAGAAGCUGCCAUUGAUGGCGCUGUUGCUAUGGGCAUUCCCCGUGCCGAUGCUCAGCGCAUGGCUACUCAGUCUAUGAGAGGUACUGCUGGUCUUGUCCAAAAUGGCGAGCACCCUGCUCUUCUCCGGGAGAAGGUUUGUACAUCCGGUGGCUGCACUAUUGGUGGUGUCUUGGUUCUUGAAGAGGGCAGAGUCCGUGGCUCCGUCUCAAGAGCUGUACGUGAGGCCGCUGUUGUGGCCGGUCAGAUUGGAAAGGGGGCUGACGGUGUAAAUGGCACCAGGUUUCCCGGUGCACGUUAUGAAUGAAUGGAUCAUGACCACGAUGAUCGGUCAGAACUUCCCAGGAAGUCCUGGCAACCAUCAUAUUCAUGUUCCCUGCCUAUCUCAGACCCCGAGGUAGUCUCGGACUUUCAAUCACUGGAAUCAGUCUACGAACCAAAACUAGAGCCCAAAGAGGUCGAGGACAUGGCAAGGGAAAGAAUACAAAAUCCUAGUAUCUUCUUCUAUCUUAUCUUAGACUCGAUAGUACUUGGCAGUUCUUGCUGCAGACCUUUGGGGGGUAAUUAUUCUCGCCUCUGUUAAGAUAAUCGGCUUGUUUGUUUGCAUGGCAUGGCAUGGCACAGCAUAGGUUAAGUACACCGGAUAUAGGUGUAAUGGUUUGAUUCAUACACAAGAUCAUACAUUUUUCUCCGUCCAUUAUUCCCAACGCCUAGCUAAUCCGUUCAUUCGGUUAAGCCUCAAGAAAUUAAAAUACAUAAACACCUAAGAAUUCUCAACGCGAGCUUUCUUGCUACCGGUAUCCUGCUCGGUUUCCUCUGUGUCCAGCUUUCGCUUGCCAUUCGCUAUUGAUUGGCUUUGAGAGUGCUUCGCUGAGCGUUCCAAGGCAGACAGGAUACGCGCAUACUCUAGUCCAACACCCUGCAGAGUGUCAUCAAGCUUGUCAACGCGCUCAUGAGGUUCGAUUUGAGAUAGGACAUCUUUGUUGUGACGGUACAGUCGCUGUUUAACAAUCAGACUCCAGACCUUGCCCUGGUGCUUGUCGGCUUGUGUAGCUUCUGGCAUGUCUCCAUCAAUGUCCAUUGUUGGUCGUACUGAUUUGGGAAGUUGAGACAUGAGGUGCAUUUCCAGGACCCGACCAAACUGGCGAGGUGCAAUCUUAGCCUGAAGUCGAAUAGUCUCAAGCUUGUCACUGCCAACAAUCAGUUUUGGCAGAGUUCCCUUCCUAGGAAUGGCAACUUCUGUAUCAAGUCGCAGGUCGUUGAACUCGGGCAUCGUGCGGAGGAAUUGCAAAUCGCAGAUGUCUCGCAAGUCAUCGAAGGCUUCGUUUGGGUCCUCCACAGUGAACUCAUACGUCUGUGGAAUCUUAUGGUAGUGCUCGAAGAUGGUCUUGUAGAGUCGUGCUCCGUUGCCUUUGCCCUGAAAAGGGGGUAAAAUAACGAAUUGAGAUAGUCUUGUUCGGGAGGGUAACUCGGCGAGGUCCACCUCACCAUUUGGCAGCUCCCACUCAUCGCUUCGAGGCGAUGCUGGGGGCGUGGGCGGCUGGAAAUAGUAAAAUCGGUAGAUGGUUGAGUAGCCUACAAACACAUACGAGGUCUUGUCCGCCACCUUUCGCUUCUGAUAAAGGGCAAAGAAUGUCCAUCGAUCGGCAUCAGAUAGAUCAAGCUCUGUUGAGUCCAUCUCGGGAUCUUGGCCGAUAUAAGUGCCGCCUUCGAUGAAAAGAGGAACAAAUAUCUGCAGGCGGCUGUUGAGUUGCUUGAUAGCUGGGUCGGCGAGAUUUCCGCGCCAGAUUUCGUACUCGCCAUCAGGACUAUCGAAGGUCGCAUGAAGGGUUCCGGACGGUACCCAGUUAUCGCCCAUUAGCUUGGAGCUC